UAGUCAUCUUAUUCGGCUCGCUAAUCAUCUUCUCCGGCUCGCUAAUCAUCUUCUCCGGCUAUCUAAUCAUCAGCGUCACACUCUCUACUCUCAAAAUCGGACACAAAUCACUAUGUAACUUUUUAAAAUUAGGGUUUUUGAAUUAAAAUUUGUGAAGCUUGCGUUUUGAUUUUGAUUUGUUUGUUACUCUUUCUUAUUAACCAGCGAAGCAAAUGAAAGACUUUUGAAUUGUGGGAACACAAAGUUGUUGGAGCAUAAUUCAUCUCUUUGAGGAUAGAAACAAGAUGGGAGAUUCAGUACCUCUAAAACUAGCACUGCCAGAGCUGAAGUAUCCUAUUGGUUCACAGCCAAAGCAAAAGUCAGCAAUCAACCAAUAUUCCGGCUCAGAGUAUAUCUCCAUUGUUGACAGCAUCCUAAAACCAGAUGAGAUGAUAAGAGUCCGAGGAUCAUUUCUGGGACCUAUAAUGAAGCUCAGUGAGAGAGGAUUGAAGUUAUCAGCAAAGAUGGUCUACGCCAUUCUCACUAGAAGCAUCGUUUCUGUCAAGGAGAAUGAAGCCUGGUUCCAUUUCGGUGCGCAGCCAAUGAGGUUCUCUAUAAGAGAAUUUCAUAUGAUGACAGGCUUGAAAUGUAGUGGUGCAUUAGAAGGACCACGAAGGGAAACCGAUAGAUUUAAUUGGGAAUUGCUAAAGGGGCGUAGUCAUAAGUUAAGUGACGUGGUGGAACAGCUCAGAAACACAAGAGAAGAUGCUUCUGAGGAGAGAGUAUGCCUCGCAAUGCUCAUCCUGGUAGAGAGCAUAUUAUUGCGGAAGAGCAAAGGAGGGAGUUUUCCUUUGGAAUAUGCGAAAAAUGCACAGGAUAUGACAUAUCCAUGGGGGAAAGAGGCUUACAUUGUGCUCCUGAAGUCAAUUCAAAACGCUGUCGCGAAUCAUUUGGAGAAUAAAUCCAAAUUUGAGUUGCAAGGUUAUCCUCUAGUAUUCCUUCUUUGGAUACUAGAGUCGAUUCCUUUGCUAAGGAAUAAGUUCAGUAAGUGUGUACCAACAGUUGAGGUUCCUGGGCCGACUUACUUGUGUGAAAAAUACACUGAGCUGAAGGUCCAUUGCAUACUACCUUCUAUUCCUCAUGAUCCAGAAGAUGAUAUCUCCAUUGAAGACAAAUAUAGUGACGAGCUGGAAACACUGAAAGAUGUAACAAAGAAAGGGUACAAGCUUACAGCCGAUGACUGGGAAAAUAGGUGUGUAGACACAUUUGAAACAUUGGAUGCUCUUAUUCAAAUGAUGGCAAAUAAGGAGACUGGCCAAGCUUCUACUCCGAUUGAUGAGGAUUCAGUAAAUGAAAAAGUGAACAGGAUCAUUGAGGUAAUGGAGGAGAAUCUGAAGAGCAUGAAGGAUCGAAUGUCAUUACUGGAAGAAGAAAACAUGCAUCUUAGAGCCCGUGUGUCAGAGUUGGAAGGAAACAACAAUGUUUUUCCCACUAACGUGACACAACAGCGAUCCAGUGGGACACCUUUAUCUCCAAUGUCUCACACGCAACCAUCGAGUGAGACGCCUUUAUCUCCAAUGUCUCAACAGCCUAAUUUGACACAUGAGGAGACAAUGAUUGAAUCAGCUGCAUCUCCAAAGUCUCAACAAAAUGAGGAUUACACGCAACCAUCGAGUGAGACGCCUUUAUCUCCAAUGUCUCAACAGCCUAAUUUGACACAUGAGGAGACAAUGAAUGAAUCAGAUGAUGACACUCCUGCCCUUGAUACUCAAGUAUUCUCUCCUAAUCUGACAAAAGAGAAAGAAACAAGUGAGUCACCUGCUGAGAGGCCAUCCAAUCCUAAUCAAGAUGGAAAACCAGAUGAUGAGAUUGUGAGAGAGAAAUUAACAAGGGAGUCACCUGCUGCUCAGAGUCAAGUUUCGCAGAAAGAAACAGUGGAAAUGAAUGAGACACCUUCUUCUCCAAUAGCUCCAAAGAGUAUUGAAACUCCCGUUUAUACUCCAAGUCAGACUCAGCAGAUUGAGAGAGAGCCAUCGGAUGACACGCCUGCCCUUGAUAGUCAAGUUUUCACUCCUAAUCUGACAAAAGAGAGGGAAACACAAACCUCUACUGAUGAGACGCCACCCAAAACUAAUCAAGAAGAAGGAAAAACAAAUGAUGAGAUUGUGAUUGAGUCACCUGCUGCUCAGACUCAAGUUUUGCAAAAAGAAACACUGGAAAUGAAUGAGACACCUUCUUCUCCAAUAUCUCCAAAGAGUAUUGAGGCUCAAGUUUUUACUCCAAUUCAGAAACAGCAGACGGUAACAGAGGGAACGUAUGAGGCUACACAGCCAUUGACUGAGAUCAUUUCAGCAAACAAUAAAAAGGUAAGCAUAGAAAUGUCUUUCAUAAGUACAACUUGAAUUUUAAAUUGUAGAAACUUCUUCAUAACUACCUCUUUUAUUUUAUUGUUAUUACAGGAGAAUACACAUGCUGU